CCAAGAUCUCGAAGAGCAGUGUCAGUUCGUGACUGAAAGCCUUGGCGUUUUGCUGUCUGUCCCUGAUACACUUUAUUCUACAAAUUUGUUAAACAAACACGUACAUUGUUUUAAUAGUCUAGAAAUGGCUACUGGUCUCGAUAACUUAAAUGGCUCUCAUUUGAUUAAUCACGAUGACUUGCAAGGUCUGUCCUCUCAUUGCCAAGAAAGCGAAAGCCCAAAUUUCAGCCAGAAGAGUGCGUGCUUCUCAUACGGUGGCCGAAGUUUGUUGUCACCCGUCUCAGGGACGGAAGACGGGUUUCAAGACCUCUCAUCGGCCAGCCGAACCAACCGUGCGACUCCUAACGAGAUUUCUGCUCCCUACGAAGUCCCACAAUUUCCAAUAGAAGAAAUUGAACGAAAAUUAGCCAUUCAAAGGCAACUGAGUCUUAGAUUCCCACCAGAAUUAGUUCCGCAUCUAACAACUUCUCACGAACCUGGAAUCGAAAUCGAUUCGUCUCAGGCAGCCGCCACUGGUUUACCCACUGUUGAACAAGACUACACGCCACUCUUCCAACGGGUCUCGAUUACAGGAGAUGAGGACACAGGAGGAGAAUUGUGGCGUUCGCUGCUUAGAGUCAACUUGGAGGUUCCCUAUGAAGAUUUGUUGGACGCCUCUGAACUGCUGAUUAAAUCGCUGACACUCCGCAGAGAUUAUUGCCGCCCGGCUGCGCACUCCUUCCCUUCGACCACAGCCCGUUUCCUUCAAACCAACGAACGGAACGGCAUUGCAGAUGUGGAAACGGUCCACGAAGAAAAAAAGACCGUAGAAGGUGGAGGCCAGGCCGCAAAUCACUUUGAUAUGGAAGUCCCAAGUUUGCAAUACCAAAUGGCUGAAAAGCCAGGUAUCAAAGAUCACCCAAUUCACCCUCCGCCUCACGUCUUGUCAUCGCACAACGACGGUGAAAUUCCUGAAUCGGCAAACUGCGUCAUUAAGGCCUUGGAUGGUGUAUUUCAAGUUUACGAAAGUCAAGAGGCAGCCGAUAAUGGUGAAAGUCUGAAUUUCUCCUACCCGGUGUUCAAGAAGUACAUUGACGACGUUCACAAAAUGUGCAACAUGAUAUCAAAUGGGCCAUUGAAAUCAUUCUGCUAUCGCCGACUAACGUAUCUCUCAGCCAAAUAUCAACUUCACGUUCUUUUAAACGAAAUGCAAGAGUUAGCUCUCCAAAAGUGCGUCCCGCAUCGAGAUUUCUACAACAUCCGAAAAGUGGACACUCACAUUCACGCAGCUUCGUGUAUGAACCAAAAACAUUUAUUGCGCUUCAUUAAGAAGAAGAUAAGGGACAGCGGCAAUGAAGUUGUUUGUCUGAACAAAAAAGGCCAGGAGUUGACAUUGAAUCAAGUGUUCGAAGAAAUGAAUCUCUCCGCUUAUGAUUUGACAGUCGACAUGCUUGACGUUCACGCGGAUCGCAAUACCUUCCAUCGAUUCGAUAAGUUCAACGCCAAAUAUAAUCCGAUAGGAGAAAGUCGUUUACGCGAAGUAUUUCUUAAAACCGAUAACUACGUGGGAGGGAAAUAUUUUGCAGAAAUUAUCAAAGAGGUAGCCGCAGACUUGGAGGAGAGUAAAUAUCAAAAUGCCGAGUUGCGACUAUCUGUCUAUGGAAAAUCCAGGGAUGAGUGGGAGAAAUUGGCCAAGUGGGCUCACAACUUUCAAGUUUAUUCGGACAAUAUCCGCUGGCUGGUUCAAAUGCCGCGUUUAUAUGAUAUUUAUAGAUCAAACAAGCUGAUUGGCAACUUUCAACAACUGAUCGACAAUCUAUUUCUUCCUUUAUUCGAAGCAACCAACAAUCCAGAAGCGCAUCCCGAGUUACAUUGUUUUCUUAAACAGUUGGUGGGUUUUGAUUCUGUUGACGAUGAGAGUAAACCUGAACAUCCGGUGUUCGAUAGAGAAGUUCCAACACCGGAAGAGUGGACGGAAGAAGAAAAUCCUCCUUACGCUUAUUACGUCUACUACGUUUACGCCAAUAUGUGUGUUUUAAACCAAUUUCGAAAGUCACGAGGAAUGAACACUUUCGUCUUCAGACCUCAUUGCGGCGAAGCAGGGCCAGUUCAACAUUUAAUUUGUGGUUUCCUUCUCGCUGAAAAUAUUUCUCAUGGUUUGCUAUUGAGAAAGGUCCCAGUGUUGCAGUAUUUAUACUACUUGUGCCAGAUCGGAAUAGCAAUGUCUCCAUUGAGCAAUAAUUCUCUUUUUUUGAAUUAUCAUCGCAAUCCACUUCCCGAGUUUCUUGCCCGAGGGAUGUGCAUUUCUCUUUCGACAGAUGAUCCGCUUCAAUUUCAUUUCACCAAAGAACCUUUAAUGGAAGAAUACAGCAUUGCAGCUCAAGUGUGGAAACUUAGCCCGUGCGACAUGUGUGAAUUGGCUCAUAAUUCCGUUCGAAUGAGUGGCUACCCUCAUAAAGUGAAACAACAUUGGCUAGGCCCCAACUAUACACGCGAAGGUGUGGCCGGUAAUGACAUUUUCAGGACGAACGUCCCUGACAUACGCGUGGCAUACCGCUAUGAAACACUGGUAGCGGAACUAAAUAGCAUUUUCAAAACUGUUUUACUCAACGAUCAUAAAGGAUUUGUUAACGAAAAAUGAGCGAAAAGUAGAGCCUAUAUACAGUUAAAACUGUAAUAAGCAACGACUCUGUAAGUGCAGAUACAAAGUAACCGAAUUCGUCAUGCUUAUAUUUAAAAAAAAAAACGUAAAAACAUUUUUUUAAAUUAGUAAUGAGUGCAUUUUUCUUUUUCUGAGAUGUAGGGGAGGGUACUUUUCUCUAUUUGAAACGAAUUUUAUUAGUUUUUUAACAAUCAUUCCUUGAUUUGGUAUUACUGGCUUCUAGAAGAUAAAAUAACUAAAUUUUAAUGCCAUUAUUCAAAAACAUAAUAAAUCGUUAUUCAUCAAAUUCGUCUAAUACACUAUUAAACAGCGCUUUUUUAAAUCUGAAAAAUUUGAAAUAUACAUAGUUGGUAGUUUUUUAAAAAAAUAUUAGGAUUAACAUCACGAAUAAACACACACAAGACACAACUCACUUAGAAUUUGAAUGGACUCUAGCUCUAGCUUCAAUAAGAGAUAUAGAAGUUGAAAAUAUUUUCUACCUCUGUUAUUCUUAUCUGUUAAACGUUCACUGUUAUGGCAAAUGGCCAAAUGGCAAUAAAGCGCCCGAUAUCGCUCAGAUUUAAACAAUUGUGCUUCAAUUCGUUGCCAACAGGGGGGACCUUCGAGUAAAAGGAGUAGUUCAAGUUCGGGAAAAGAAUAGAUUAAAAACUCUUAAUUUUCUCCCGAGGUGAAUACUCAACGUAGAUUUACUGCUGCCUGUACUGUAUCACUCUAUAUGUGCGCAUUACGCAAGCUUAGAAUUGCUUUCAGUAUAAUACUGCUUGAACGCUGCCAACUCAUUGAUAGGAUUUGAGAAUGUCCAUGCAUAUAAAUCAUUCAUUCAUGGAGUUUCAAGUAACUGAAAAAAGAAGUGUAGACGGCCGCUCGUCUGAAUCUAUAAAUCCAAGGAAACAAGUUUCUAAAUGCCCCGCGGGAGUUGCUAACCUAUUUUUGUUUCAUUUCUGUGUGGACUUUCGUCCGAGAUAAAACGCACAUUUGUUUACUCUCAGAGAACUUGCGCUGGAAAUAUGUUGGUAUGUAUGUUGAACAAACUUGGACAAGGGCGAGGAACCAGAAUAUUCUGCGUCGGUUGAUAUGUGCGCCUCAAGGUCGACGAUACCAGCAUAAUCAACAUGUGGUUACACCAACGAAAAUCUACGAACUACGAACCUAUGCAAUAUGGCCACAAAAUGUAAAAGAUUUUCUUAAUUUGACUUCAGAAGAAUUUCAUCUGAGAACUUCUCAGUCCAAACUGAUCGGAUAUUGGACAAGUGAGUUAGGCGGACUUAACGAAGUAGUACACAUAUGGGAAUACGAUAGUUUAGAGCAUCGCGCACAAGUACGAGCAAGCUUAGCUGGAAACAGCGAAUGGAUACAACGCUAUUUUGGCAAAAUUUUGCCUUGGAUGAGUGGCCAGCAAAAUUCCGUAGUUUCAGUCAUACCUGGAAUCACACUGAGCAACUCGGUGGAAAAGGGUGUGUAUCAACUGCAGACGUUUCCCAUCACUCCAAAUCAACUGGAAAAAAUUCCAACUUUAAUUGAGCAAAAUAGUGGCAAUCUUCUCAUCGGCGCGUUCCAAACACUACACGGGAAUUUAAAUACUUCAGUUCUGCUUUGGAAACACCCCACACUCUCAGCAGCAACUAAUUUAGUGUUUCAACAAAUGAAAAGCAAAGAUUGGCAGCAAAUUGCAAAUGGAUAUUCCAAAAUCUUAGUGCCUCAUAAAGUAUCACCCCUGCAAUAGAUUGUUUUAAAUUAGAAACUUCCUUGGCAUGUGUAAAAAUUCAAAUUUGACUGAAUUUUCAAAAAUACAUUGACAAACUGGCACUAUA